GACGACGAGAGCUCGACGGAAACGAGCUCCGAGAGCGACGAGAGCUCCGACUCCGAGGAGGAGAGGGCGAACAGGCUGGCGGAGCUGCAGGAGCAGCUGCGGGCGGUGCACGAGCAGCUGGCGGCGCUGUCGCAGGGCCCCGUGGCCAAGCAGAGGAAGAGGGAGAAGAGGAAGAAGAAGAAAUCGGAGAAGCACAAAGGGAGAGCGGGGCCCGACGACGAGAGCCGGGCACGGCAGGGCCAGAGCAGGAGGGCCCGGAAAAACGGGGCUGCCACGGCAAACAGACCUUCCAAGAAAUCCUCGAAGCCGCCCCUCCCGCUGGCGCCUUCCUCGCUGCUGGACUCUGAGGAAGAGGAGGAAUCCAAGCCGAUGUCGUACGACGAGAAGCGGCAGCUGAGCCUGGACAUCAACAAACUGCCCGGGGAGAAGCUGGGCCGGGUGGUGCACAUCAUCCAGAGCCGCGAGCCCUCGCUCAGGGACUCCAACCCCGAGGAGAUCGAGAUCGACUUCGAGACGCUCAAACCCUCCACGCUCAGGGAGCUCGAGAGAUACGUUGCUGUCGUGUCUGAGGAAGAAACCCAGGAAACCCUACAGUGAGAGGAGCUCGAGAGAUACGUGCUGUCGUGUCUGAGGAAGAAACCCAGGAAACCCUACAGUGAGACCCUGAAGAAGCCGGUGGGGAAGACGAAAGAGGAGCUGGCCCUGGAGAAGAAACGGGAGCUGGAGAAGCGGCUGCAGGACGUCAGCGGGCAGCUCAACUCGGCCAAAAAACCCCCAAAAAAGGCCAACGAGAAGCCAGAGUCGGCGGCGGUGGC